AUGAGAACUGGAAAAAAAGUAGAUGAUUUUUAUGAAUUAGCCUCCAAUUUAUCUGAAGACAAUUACAACAAAGAUAAUGAAGAAAAUAAAAAGGAGAAAAUGUGGAGACUUUCAACUGGAAAAUAUGUCGAGGAAGAAUUAUUCAAUUUGAGCAGUCAGUGUUUAUAUGACGAGGCAGAACUAGAUGAAAUUGAUUGUGCCCCUGGCCCACAGGUACCCGAGCUCUCAGAAGAAAUCACUGGAUUUCUAAACAAAUUCGCUGGCAAGGUAAUACUUCAUUUAUAUGUUACUGACAAGGAUAUAUUGAGAGAAAUUCAAAGCGGAAGCUUGAAAGAUGCAAAUCUUGAAGCUUGGUUUAAUUGCCACGUGUGGAACACGGUCUUUGAUCAAGCCUUUGGAGAUGUAAAUGCGAUAUCCGUCAUCAGAGGGGAAAGUACAAGCUUGGCAUCGGCAUCACGAAAAAAUAUAAAAAGACUGUCAGGAGAAUGGCGGAAAAUGGGUUGCAGGAUUGAUUUGAUCUUGAGAUCUAUUAAUGAGUUCGGAGCUGGGGAAGCCGGAAAAAGUUGGGUGGAUAAAAAUGGAACGAAGUUUCUCAAGGAGACAGGAUUAAAGCUACCUAAGACACUUAAGGAUAUGUUAGUAAAAUUGAUAGAGAAGGCAGGUUGGGAUGAAGAAAGUCGUGCAAAAAUUCAAACGGUUGGAAUAAUUCAUGCUGGUAUGUUGUCUUUAAGAAUCCAUCAGGCUGUGGUUCAAGAGAUAAUAAAGACGGUUCAAGCAAAAAAACAAACAGUCAAAUCAUUUAAAAGGGCCGGGUUUCGAAAACGACCUCUAGACAAAAAUGAGGACCGAAUAUCUCCGUGUUUAUCAACUCCGAAGAAGGCUAAAAAAUCAUAUCCAUCAUCCCCGUGUCCUGAGUCAUCAUCGCAACGAUCUGAUUUAUUCUCAUACUUGGAAUAG